ACCGCCACCUAACGUCCUGCGCGCAGAACUGCAGGCCAGAAAAACGGAAGAGCAACAAGUGAUGUGGCGUAACUGGGACAAGUCGUGAUUAUACCUGUACAUGUCUGAUACCAGUCCGACCAGCCCGCUUCUUGGAACCAUGGACAAGUUGAGGAAACAGCUCAGCGGAGAGGGAGACGAUGAGAAAGGCUUGGUCACACAGAUAGCAGACGGCUCCACGCUAAGUUGGUCCACCCGCAUCAAAGGCUUUGCCAUCUGCUUCAUUUUGGGGGUUGUUUUUUCUUUCUUGGGUACGUUCCUGUUGUUCACCAAAAAUGGGCUGACUGUGUUUGCUGUGUGCUACACGUUUGGCAAUUUGUUAGCCCUUGGGAGCACAUGUUUCCUGAUGGGACCUAUCAACCAGCUGAAGAGAAUGUUCAAGGAGACCAGGAUCAUCGCUACAAUAGUCGUGUUGAUUUGCCUAGCGCUGACAUUGUGUGCUGUAUUCUGGUGGAACAACAAAGGCCUGGCCAUCCUGUUCUGUAUCCUGCAGUUCCUGGCCAUGACAUGGUACUCUCUGUCAUACAUCCCGUUUGCCAGGGAUGCUGUGAAGAAAUGUUUUGCGGGCUGCCUUGGAUAAGGAGGAUUCACACAAUUGAACAUGUAGAAAUAUCAUACUUUGAUUUGCAUUGGAUAUACAUUGUGCCUAACUGUUGGGAUUGUGUAGUUUGUCAGAAGUAAUGGAAGUACAUGUAAUUUGAGAACAGGAGAAGUGAGUAUGAUUGUCAUAUCUAUUGUCUUGUACUGAUACUAAGAGCUGAAGCCUACAUUUAAAGUUAAUUUCUUGAACCCAGAAUUUUCUCAACUUCCAACCUUUUAGUAAUGAAGUCUGUUAUUUCUGUCACUUUUUGUCAGUGCAGCAAGAAUGCAAUUCCAAACUCAACUGAGUUUACAUCCCUGCGACUUGUUUCAUUUCUAGAUUUCCAACAUGUGCAUCUAUUGUCCUGCAGAGGUCCAUCAUCUUGCCCCCCCCCCUUUUCUACUAUUAUUAUGUUGUUUCCUACAAUGUAUAUGUUAUACAGUUUUUCUCAGCUGCCUUUUAUAGAAUUAUAGUGAAGUGACAAAAAUGACAUAUCUGGUUGUUAAACAGACUUUACUUGACUUAAAGGGGCAUUCCACUCCAGAAGGGAGUCUUGUUUUCCAAUAAAUAAUGUGUCAAUGAAUACAUAAUCAGCC